CAUUUUGGGCAUUUCCCUCAUUACUUACUUGUUGGUUAGGGACUCCACCAUCUGCUCUCUGGUUAUCUCUUAGUAAGGCCUGCUUUCUAAAGUGUGUUUCUCAUUUUGUAGGAAUGAGCGAGCAGGCGAUUAAAGAAAUGUCCUGUGGCGGGUAUGACAAGCACCCGCUGAGAAAAUGGGCUUUCAGUCAGGAUGUCGGCCUGCCGCCUUUCCUGGAGGCUGGGGAUUCUCGCUGGAUCAAGAGGGGUUUGGCAGCGUGGUCCUGGCCAGGGUGCAUACCAGCUCCUCUGUCUGUGCCCUACAUCUCCGAGCUGAUGCCCCAGUCCGGUCAGAAGAUCAGCAAGUGGAGGGUCAGCGUGGACGUGUCUCACUUUUACCCCUCUGAGAUCUCCGUCGGUGUCAGGGAUGGAUUUCUGGAAGUUGGAGGGAAACAUGAAGAGAGGCCCGAUGAGCUCGGAUUUAUUUCCAGAUGUUUUACAAGGAAAUACAGGCUUCCAGCUGAGGUGGAGGUUACCAGUCUUGUGUCCUCACUCUCCCAGGAUGGUCUCCUGACUGUGGAGGCUCCACUUCCUGAAGCCUCUGCUCCUGCUGCCAUCAUCAUCCCAAUAAAGGUGGAGACUGAGGGUUCAGGAGAACCCGGAAUAAGACAAGAGGAUCAGGAGGAAGAGUCUCAAUUAGAGGUCUGCAGCGAUCAGGUCCAGCCCAGCAGCACCACAGCUGGGCUCGAGCAGGGAGAUGAGGAGAGCACUGAAAAGCCAGCUGGGCAGUCCCUUUCUGUGCUGCCUGCAGAAGAUAAAAGCUUAGAGAGCAUCCAAAAGUCUGCUGAGCACCCCGAAGUGCCAGAAAGCCAAGAAGGCCUGGGUACGUCCAACUCGGUGGAACACAGAGAGCCGGUCGUGGAUGGAGAGAUCCAGGUGAAAACGGAGGGAGCCGAGGCGCUCGCUCCGCCUGAGGAGCAGGAGCCGGGCUCCGGGCCACCGAGCGACAUCCAGAGCCAGGAGCUGGGGGCUGCUGACAUAGAGCAGCAACACACUGAGUAAACAGGAUGCACAUUAGCCUGCAUUGCUUGCCUCACACCAGCCCCACAGAUGCCUUUUCCUUUCACUAUCUAUGGCGCCAUAAAAGCCACGCUGUGCUUGGAGCGCUAAUAAAGCACUAUCAUGUGAAGAUA